UCUAUCUGUCUCUCUCUCUCUCUACUUUCUGCUUUCAGCCCUCUUCUUCAGGAUGCUUUCCAAGGUCUCAAUUUGGAGCCCUCUGAAACUAAAUCAAAAGAACACUGAUCAUGAUCGCAAGAUAAACAAGAAAAGAUCGUCACUGAUCAGCUCCCACAACCACCAACUCUCGUCAACCGCCGUUGGCUUGAGGAUACUAACAGCUGCUGAUACCACUUUGCUCACCGAUCAUUCCAAUGUUGUCCUCAACUCUGGCCUCAGACUUAUUAAACCCAUUUUUCGCAUGACUGCUGCUAACCAAUCUUCCCACUCAUCCCCUACCACCCUUUCUCCUCAUUCUUCUUACUGCUGUCUCGGCUCCUGCUUCCUGUGCAACAAGACUCUACGUCUUGAUAAAGAUGUCUACAUGUACAGAGGGGAUCAAGGAUUUUGCAGUGUAGAGUGCAGGAGCAGGCAAAUACAUCUGGAUGAAAUCAGAGAAGUAGAAAGUUCCACUAAACGGACAUUAGCAUCUUUGCGGCGUACUUGUCGGGACAGUAACUGGUGCGAGUGCGAGGGCGAGACCAGAACCGUCCUAGAGGAAUUCCGGCGCGAGAGAGACCGCCAGCCAAUGCCAUGCCAAAAGGGUCAAAGUGUAGCCCCUAUAUUUACACUCUCAUAG